AUGCAUUGCUGCAAAGCUCUACCUUGUCUUUCCGUGUCCCAAUCCCCCUCCUCACCCUCCCUCUUUGCUACACUUGCUCCUGUGGCAACUGCAGCAGCGGCAGCCUCACCCGUUGCACCUGUUACAGGAGCAUUCCCUGCAGGAACACCUAUUGCAGGAACACCUGCCACAGGAACACCCGUUGAGUCACAGGGAGCAGCGGGACGGCACAAGAGGCUGAAGGGUCAAGUAGGAGACGGGCAAGGGAGAGAGGGGGGAGGGAGAGAGGGGCAUGAGAGUGUUGGUGAGGGAGAGGUUGGUCAAGGCAGAGACGGGGACGACAAAGGCAGGGGUCCGUUUGGGGCUGAUGGGCCUUCCAUGGCAGCCCUGAUGCAGGAGCUGGGGUUUGGAGAAUUUAUUUCUGCCCCGGUCAGCAGUGUUGGUGGAAAGGAACGGCAGACGGGCAGGGGAGGAGGGAGGGGUAAGGGACGGGGGAGAGGGAGGGAUAGGGGGGUGGGAAUGGGGACGGGGAUGGUGACUGGGGAUAGAAGGGUUGAAGGGGGGGAGGGGGGAGUGGAGGCACAGGGGAUGUUUGGCAGUGGGGAGGCAUGGGGAGGGGAGGAAAUUGCUGGUUGGGGCGAUUGGGAUGAGGGUCUUGGGGGAGAUGAUGGAGAUGGAAAGCGAGAGGAGGGGAUGGGGCGUGGGGAGGAUGGCAGGAGGGAAGGUGAGGAGGAUGGGGAGAUGGAUUUUGAGAGGGGUAGAGAAGAGAGGGAGGAGGGUGAGGGGGAGAAGGGUGAGAUGGAGGAGGGGGAGGAGGAGAUGGAGGAAGGGGAAGGGGGGAUGGAGGUGGAUGGGGAAGAGUGGGGAGCUGGUAGGGAAGAGGGAGGAGAAGGGGAGGAUUUAGAGGAGGAGAGGGAAGAGGGAGAAGAAGGGGAGGAAGUGGAGGAGGAGAGGGAAGAGGGAGAAGAAGAGAGGGAAGAAAAAGAAGAAGGGGAGAAGCGGAAAGAGGAUUCAAAGGAGAGGAAGGCCAAGGAAGAACCAGGGCCAUUAAGCUUUGGGACUAGAGAGAAAAAAGAGAGGAAUCUGGAAGGCAUUAGUGCUGCGGCAAGGAUGGUGGGAGUUGAAGAUGAGGCUGCGAAAAGGCCUAGUGUUGGGCUGAGGGGAGCUCCAAGUUACGAGGAAGGGUUGAUGCAUGGAGGGGGGGUGUUGAAAUCACAGCCUCUAGUUGUGGCUGUCCUCCUCUCAUCUCUACACUUCCUCCUCCUCAUUCCUUCUCGCCUCUCCACCUCCCCUGUUCCCCUCUCUUCCAUUCUCCCUCCUCAUUCGCCCAUUACUCUCCCUGUCAACCCCUCCCGUCUCCCUUCACCUCCUCUCUUUCUCUCCCUCCCUCUUUCCCAGUGCGAUGCACCAGGUACGGAGUCCAUCCCUGUCUGCACCGAGCCUAAGCUAGGCCCGGUAGGCGCAGGCUCGGCCGAGCCUGCAAUGUCCCAAGCCGAGGUGCACAUGGCAAUAUCAACGCUCCGAGCCUCUGCAGCCUGGCAGCUGGCCUUCCUCCCACCUCUCCCACACCCGCCUGUUGCCUCUCCCGCUGCUGCUGCUACUGGUGUUGGCGCUGCUGCUACUGCUGGUGACAGCGUGGGUAGUGCUGCUGCUGCUGCUGCUGCUGCUGCUCCCUUGUCUCCCAGUGCAUCAGACCCCUCGUUCGAUCUGCUGCUGGAGUGGUUCCUUUCCCCUUACCGUGUGGAUGUCACCAUGCUAAAACGCCUCCGACCAGACGUCAUCCUCACACAGAUGCAAGAAGAGCCCGGGGUGCUUUCUUUCGAGGAUGUUCAAAAAGUGCUGUCUCACGUGCUCGGCUCUCAAGUCAAGAUCGUUCAUCUCGACCCUCCAUCCCUCGUCGAGGCGAUCAACGACGUCCGUCGGAUCGGCGCUGCUCUCGGCCAAUCACAGCGCGCCGAGUCCAAGGUUAAGGAUCUCAUGCAGCGAAUCCAGACCGUCCGUGGAAUGUGUGCGGGCAGACCGAGAAAAAAAGUUGUCUGCAUCCAAUGGCUGGAUCCGAUUUUCCUGGCGGGGGCAUGGGUCCCAGAUUUGAUUCGAUUGGCUGGAGGCACAGGGUCAGAAAGUUCCAGGAUGGUUCCUGAGGAGGAGCUCCAGGAUUUAAUCAGAGCCGCUGAUGCGGUGAUCUUUGCGGUGUGCGGCUGUGAUUUGCCGGCGUCCAUUGCUGCAGUGAAGCGAGAGGCUGUGCAGAAGUGGAAAAUGUUUCAAAGAGGGAGGAGUGAUGGAGUGGACGCUAUUGGGAAUGUAGAACAGUCCUUAGAAGUGUCAUCACUAUCAUCAUCAUCAUCAUCAGCAGCAGCAGCAGCAGCAGCAGCAGCUGCACCAACACAUGCGCCAUCGCCGAACCUGCCCACCAUGGCUGUGGUCGAGGCUGCGAAGCUGUUCUCCAGGCCCGGGCCGAGCCUGGUGGAGUCCUUGGAGGUUUUGGCAGAGAUUCUCCACCCCGAAACCCAGAGGUUCGGACACCGACAGCGGUGCUGGGUCGACCUCCCCUAUCCUGCUGCAGUGUAA